AUGGGUGGCAAAGGUCAGGAGAAGGGCAAAUCUCCGGCCCAGGGCGGCAAGAGCCUUGCUGAAGCUUCGGCUGGUGGUGCAGCUGAGAUGGCUGCUUCUGAAGGUGCCGGACCCUCCGGCUCGUGGAGGGAUAGGGAACCUCCGCCAUCGUUCGACGGUCGGGAUCCUUCCCGCUCUUUCCCUCGAUGGUUGAAGGAGUUAAAGCUUUGGGAAUUUGAAACAGAAAUCCCAAAGAACAAGAGAGGCGUGAAGGUGCUCAGACAGUUGUCGGGCGCGGCUCGAUCUACAGCCGACAACUUGUCCUUCGAGGAAAUCGCCUGUGAGAAAGGACUCGACAACUUGUUGGCCGCGCUCGAGGAGCACUUCAAGCCCCACCUGGAGACGUCGUUGCCCAAAGCUUUCGAGGAGGCGAUCUACGGCGACAUCAGAGGAUCCAAGGAGACCUUCGGCGAGUUCGUGAUUCGCAUGGAGUAUGCGUUCAAGGAGCUGGAGCGUCAGGGGGUGAAGCUACAUGACAUGGUGAUUGGAUAUGUUAUGUUUCGGCACGCCAACUUGAACGAUGUCCAAGAAAGCCAGAUGCUGACAUGGGGCGAAGGGAAGUUCGACCGAGCUGUGGUAGUUCGGAAUCUUCGCCGCCUGGACAAAGGAGUGCACGACUCUAAAAAGAAAGGAAGCCACUAUCUGCUCGACACCGAGGUCGAUUCGGAAUAUGACGAGGGCGUCCAGGAGACCUAUGUGGAAGGUCCGAGCUUCGAGGAUGACGAGUCUGACUUCGAUGAGGACUACGUCUACAUCGGUGAAGGCGAGAUGCAAGACACCUUCGAAGAGAGCGACAUCCAGGAAGCUCUGGCUACGUAUCAAGAUGUGCGACGUUCCUUGCGGGAACAGAAGAACAGCCGGGGCUACUAUCCUGCAGGCCGCAAUCCGUCAAGCGGCAAAGGAAGUGGAGGCUUCAAAGGCAAGGGCAAAGGGAAAGGAAAAGGCCGUGUCACCUUGGGCUUCAAGAACCGCGACUACGUGAAGUUCAGCCGAGAUGGCAGCACGAAGGUUCAUGUGGACAUGCUGAAGCUGAGGACGCGGUGUGCGAGGUGUGGGGCGCUGGGACAUUGGGCCAAGGAGUGUAGGAAUCCUCCAGAUGAAAGGGGACGCGUUGCUGCAGCCCAAAGGGCUUCGGCAGCAUCUUCUUCGUCUACCUCCACGAGGUCGGGGUUCUUUGUGCAAGCUGAGUCGCCAAACGGCGUUGGCUCGGCCCGGGGCUAUUUCGUGCAGAACUCGAAGGAAAACAGUCCGUCCAGCGUCUUCAUGUCGUUUGUUCCCACCUUUGGAAGCGUCCUUCGUGCUGUGAUGAGAGAUAAGUCCGAGCAGACUGAGCACCAGCUUGAGUAUGAGCCCGCCCCUGUCUUUGUCGGUGUUGUGACAGGUGCCCACGAGGGAGUCGUGGACACUGCGGCCCAGGAUGGUUUGAUCGGCAAAGCAGCACUGUUAAGACUUGCAGAGUCGGCAGUCAUCGACCUGGAUCGCGACAUCUUGGACAUUCGAGAGUACGGUGUGGAGGCGCCUAUGCAUGCACUUCCGUCUGGGCACAUGUCGGUUGAUGUGACAGCCUUUUCACCAGAUGGUUGGAAGUUGCCUGAUGGAGCCAGAGGCAAAGCACAGCAUGAGCAGUUCGUGUUUGCGACCCACAGCAUGAUUUCACUCAAGCAAACAGUGAUUGGAAAUUCGAAGCCCGCCGAGACUCAUGGCAUCGUUGAUGCUGCAGCGCAUGCUCGAGCAGAGAGAGCGAGAUGGAGCUCCCCGUGGAAGACCAGCGGCAGUGACGAGAAGCCGAAGAGCUGUAAGACGUUGGCGAGUGGUGGGCGAGAAGGUGUUCGAUCUGAUGAUCCUGGUAGACCUUCGCGCAAAGGUGCUGGACUGGCUGCCAAGUUCCUCUUCGCGGUCCCAUGUCCUUCUACCCAAGCGAGUUCAAUUGCAGCUCCUGCAAAGGACAAACAGCUGGAGUAUGGCGAGGUGAUCCGCUAUGCCAACUUCCUUGGAACACGUCAGACGAAGGACAAACCGCAAGUUGCCAUCGAAGCUUGCAACCACCCGGCGCAGGAGUUGAAGGGCGCGGGGAACCAGCACCAGAAGGAGAUCUACUGCAACAAGUGCAAGGGCCGCUGGGAGUACCUCAAUCCGACACAACUGGCCCGGAAGAAGGAAGAGAAGGAUCGCGCAUGUGCCACAUCGAGCAGCGAGCAGAUGAAGAUCAUCACGUGUCAGUGUGGCAAGCCGGCGCGAAGCUGGCAGGUGAAGAAAGAGGGUCCAACGAAGGGCCGACACUUCUAUCGAUGCGAGAAGAGAGUGUGCGAGUUCUUCCUUUGGGACAUCAAGGAGCAGAUGGAAAAGAAGGAUCAGCAGGCAAUGGAGUUGGACGACUUGGAGGUGCUCAACGAGGAGAUUGUAAAGAUCCAAGGUCAAGCAGAGAAGCAUGUGGAAGCGAGCCGGGAACAGAUGAAGGAGCACAUGCUGCAGAUGGAGAGCAAGUUCCAGGCUCAGAUGGAAGCUCAGGCUCAGCAGCAUCAGGCCGAAACACGAAUGCUGCACGAGCAGGUCGCUUGGUUUCAGAGCUUCAUGAGUCAGCUCCAAGCGAGUCAGAUGGAGGGCUUCCAGAUGGUCGACCACUCAAGCUAG